AUGUCUCGAACUAUCUCCUCAACCGUUGCCCCUCGCCUGAAUCCCAUAUCAUUCCUGCGCCGAGAUCUGUCUACUAAUGUCACCAAUGCCUCAACAAGGGCGGUAUCUGGAAAGAGCACAAGAAAAGGGCCUUUAACACAACCUUCAAUGACUUCAUUAGUGUUUGGUCCUCCUCGCCGAGGGAACAAUUCAAGCUCGAGUAAGCAAUAUCGACAUUUCUCGACGACUUCCCCACUCGCCAACCAAAACAUGCUGGCCCACGCCGAACGCACUGCGAACAAUAACCCUACAAGUGCCACUGCCCAGAACGCUUUCUAUUCCGCUCUCCUUCGCGCAAACAUGCCCAAGCUCGUUAUCGAAAGAUAUCAGUCGGGUCGAUAUGCCACCAACCCAGCCGCCGAUGCGGCCUACCUCAAGGCUUUGCAGAUGACCGGCUCGGUUCCUGCUCCAGGCACGCCCGGCUCAAACGCCGCAGGCUCACAAGGUAACGGGUUGGGUGCUGACAAGUUACGAGCCGUCGGUCAGGCGGUCGCCGGACAGAAUUACGGUGGGCAAGUGAUAAUGCCUAGCAACAAAUCCGGUACCGGGGCGAAAGAAGCGCCGCUUUACGUGGUGGUGGAAGAAUCAUGGGGCGCUACCAUUCUGAAGUGGGUCCGAACGUUCCUGUGGGUUGGCUUGUCUGGCUAUUUCCUCCUGGUAGUCCUGACCAUGGUUGUGGAAAUGACUGGGAGUUUUCGGACGAGGGUCGGCCAAAACAACGAGGUACAACCCCAGCAUCAGACCGUCCGUUUCAGCGAUGUGCAUGGCUGCGAUGAGGCCAAAGAGGAACUCCAAGAGCUGGUCGAAUUCCUAAAGAACCCAGACAAGUUCAAUCAACUAGGAGGCAAGCCUCCGAAGGGUGUUCUUUUGGUGGGUCCACCUGGUACUGGCAAAACCAUGCUUGCUCGGGCUGUUGCCGGUGAGGCUGGCGUACCUGUUUUCUACAUGUCCGGCUCCGAGUUUGACGAACUGUAUGUCGGUGUCGGUGCCAAACGCGUGCGGGACCUCUUCACUCAGGCGCGGAACAAGGCGCCCUCGAUCAUCUUCAUCGACGAACUCGACGCUGUUGGCGGCAAAAGGAACGCACGUGAUCCUGCCUAUGCGAAACAGACACUCAAUCAGCUCUUGACCGAGUUGGAUGGAUUCAGUCCAAGCACCGGUGUCAUUCUCAUCGCAGCGACCAACUAUCCCGAGUCUUUGGACAAGGCGCUCAUUCGACCUGGUCGAUUUGAUCGACAUGUCAACGUGCCCCUACCUGAUGUUCGCGGGCGAAUCCAGAUCUUGAAGCAUCACAUGAGGAAUAUGCCCAUUGCUGCCGAUGUGGACGCCACCAACCUUGCACGUGCUACAAGUGGUAUGUCUGGUGCCGACCUGGAGAAUCUUUGCAACCAAGCUGCGGUCCAUGCGUCACGACUCAAGUACAAGAAAAUCACCGCCAUGAACUUUGAGUGGGCCAAAGACAAGAUCAUGAUGGGGGCUGAAGCCAAGUCCCGCAUGAUUCGAGAAAAGGACAAGAUCCAAACAGCGUACCACGAGGCUGGCCACACGUUGGUCAACUUGUUUACUCCCGCCAGCAACCAGUUGUACAAAGUGACCAUCAUCCCCCGUGGCCAAGCGCUUGGUGUCACUCACUUCCUCCCCGAAAUGGACGAGGUCAGCAGGGGCUACGAUCAGUUCAUCGCGUCGAUCGAUGUAUCGAUGGGUGGCCGAGCGGCUGAGGAAUUGAUCUAUGGUCCCAACAAGGUGACAAGCGGUAUCUCGCAUGAUGUUCAGCAAGCCACUCGGACCGCGUUUUAUCUUGUCACGCAGUGUGGGUACUCGGCCAAACUGGGAAACGUCGAUCUUGCUUCCGACUACGACAAACUUUCAAGCGAGACCAAGCAGGAAAUCGAACACGAGGUGCGACAAAUCGUGGAAGGCGGCCGAGAACGUGCCGAUCGAAUUGUCAAAGAGAAGCGCAAAGAACUUGAAGCCUUAAAAGACGCGCUCCUGGAAUACGAAACACUGGACAGGGAAGAGAUCAUGAAGAUUCUACGCGGAGAGAAGUUGAAAAAGAUUGAGGUUGAGCUGCGUGAGGAUGACGACACAGACAAUGGGGAUAAUGGACGAGGAAACAAGUCACAGCCCAAGAAGGAUAAAGAAGUUGGUCCCAAGGGCAGCUUGGGGAUCAAACUUCCCGAUGUGCUGCUGCCACCCGGAACGGGUGGGAGAGGAGGAGAGAAGGAAGGGGUUUCACGGGUCAGUGAUAGAUGA